AUGAGAAGAGUCGUCAUAAAAGAGUUUUGUGAAAUCAUAGAAGAUUCCGUUUCCAUGGCCGCUUCUGAAAACAAAAUUGUACAACACGAUGAAUUGCCAACAGUAAAAGACGAGCUUUCAGUGACUCUAUAUCUGAAAGUUAAAAGUAUUAAUUCUGAUUGGGCCUGCAUCUUUCAUAAAGGUACUGAAGGUCAUAUCCGUACUCCUUCACUCUGGUUGUGGCCAAGCAAAACUACACUGCAUGCCCGUUUUUCAGGUAACUGGAACUGUAAUACCGGAAUUGGUGAGACUACUACUCAGCUUUCAUUGAAUAAAUGGCACCAUAUAAGUUAUACCCUUUCUGAUUCUGAAAAGAGAUUAGACCUCUACAUAGAUGGUUUAUGGGUCGGAUACUCUGGCAUUGAGGAUGUUCAAACACAAAAGGUUUUGUUCAAUACUGGACCACUGCAUAUUGGAUCAGCAAUUGAUCCAGGGAUUACUGGCGACAUUAGCAAUUUUCGGUAUUUUAACUGGCGUCUUACUGCUGAAGAGGUGCAGAAAAACUUUUUGGUAGGAGCUUUUAGACUUUUGUAUUUGUAG